AUGGAAUCCCCUCCAGCCUCGCCUCGAAGGCACCAUGCACCCUAUCCCGACGAAGAAUUUCCUGAAGGGCCCCUGAUAUCAAAGCAUAGUUCCAUCAUCAUCAACUGGCCGGAUGGGAGAAAGGCGAUAAUCAUGGGACCGCCUCGUCCACAUUCAAUGCCUAGUUCAGAAUCACCUCCGUCAUCAUUUCCUCCGCAGUCACUGCUACCACCAGCAUCGCAGAGACAAGCAACCACCCCACCGUCUAGUUCGCAGCGAAGCCUCACAUCCCAUGCCCGAGACGAUGGCCCCAAUUGGCAGGGAUCCAGCGGUAAAUCACGAGCAUCAUCAUCGACGCGCGACGGCUGCGUCAGAGAGCGAACCCCACGCCCCUAUACCAACGGACAUCAAAGAUCAUCAUCUCAGCACUCCCACACGCCCUCGCCACGACCAAGUUCGCAUAGAAGGACAACCACGCCUCAACCCCGGACACCUAGCAACAGCAUCUCAGGCUCGGACACCGUCCAACCUCACAGCGUUCCAGUCCAUAUUCUCAGCAUGAGAGACACAGAAAACAAUCCAAGCGUCAACAGUCUAGACAGAGCAUCAAUAGUGGAAGUCAUCGGCCGCAUAAGUCCCGCAUCUCCACGAUCGAGACGUCACCAUCGCGAUCAAAGCGGAAGUCCUAACGAGGGAAGACGACACAGGGAUAAACACCACAGCGCUGACCGACGCGGCCCAGCCGUCAUCCACGUCGAGGCGAACAUAAGAGAAGGGCCAAGGAGAUCAUCCCGGCGCGAUCGAGGUGGCGACAGAAACAACUGCGGCAACGGUAGAUUCGGAAACAGUCGAAGAGACGGAGAGCAUGAUCGCGGCGGCCAGAAAAGCGGAGUCUUUCAAAAAUUUCUACAGAAAUGCUUGCCGUUCUCGCCCGGGUCAUCUCGAAAAAGCGGAGAUGGGGAUGGAUAUGAGUCGCGAUCUAGUUCCCACAACCGCCGCUCGGGACGACGGUGA